GGGGUGUGGCCACAGGACUUCAGCGACGCCUUGCCAAAGGGCGGCCCCCUCCCCAACCCGGAAGGCAGACCCCGCGCGGCCGCGGCGAGCCGGACAUGCUCACUGGCGCGGGCCGGCCCGCAGCCUGGGCAGGAGAGGCCCUCGCUAGGCGGCCCCCCGCGCUGCCAGCUGGACUCGGGCGGAGCCGGCGCCCCAGCGCAGGGUGGCUCUGCCAGUCCCCGCGCGCCUGAGCGGCCGCACACGUGUCCAGGCGUCACGUCCGCGCGCGCCCCCGGGGCUUGCGUCAGCUGCCGCUCCAGAAGCUGGUGGGCCGGGGUUCUGCGCACAGCUCGGGUUCGCGGCCCGCGACGCCGCCGGGAGGAGGAGUCUGGGGGCGCGGAAGACUGUUUGGAACGCCGGGGGCCGCGGAGAUCGUCGGCGCAGUCCAGUCCCUCUCCUGCAGGAGCCGGCCGUUUCUGCUGCUCGGUUCCGGGCUGGGCGCGGUGGCGUUGCCUCGGAGCCUGCCGCCCGCGGGGCGCGCACCGCCUUGACCCCGGCGGCCCCGCGGCAGGCAGGCGCCCGCAGUUCCAUGGUUGGUUCGGAGCGCGAUGAGCCGCCCGUCCUCCACCGGCCCCAGCGCUAACAAACCCUGCAGCAAGCAGCCGCCGCCGCAGCCUCAGCACGCUCCGUCCCCGGCUGCGCCCCCGGCCGCCGCCACCAUCUCGGCUGCGGGCCCCGGCUCGUCCGCGGUGCCCGCCGCGGCGGCGGUGAUCUCGGGCCCCGGCGGCGGUGGCGGGGCUGGCCCGGUGUCCCCGCAGCACCACGAGCUGACCUCGCUCUUCGAGUGCCCGGUCUGCUUUGACUAUGUCCUGCCCCCCAUCCUGCAGUGCCAGGCCGGGCACCUGGUGUGUAACCAAUGCCGCCAGAAGUUGAGCUGCUGCCCGACGUGCAGGGGCGCCCUGACGCCCAGCAUCAGGAACCUGGCUAUGGAGAAGGUGGCCUCGGCAGUCCUGUUUCCCUGCAAGUAUGCCACCACGGGCUGUUCCCUGACCCUGCACCACACGGAGAAGCCAGAACACGAAGACAUCUGUGAAUACCGUCCCUACUCCUGCCCUUGUCCCGGUGCUUCCUGCAAGUGGCAGGGGUCCUUGGAAGCCGUGAUGUCCCAUCUCAUGCACGCCCACAAAAGCAUUACCACCCUCCAGGGAGAAGACAUCGUCUUUCUAGCCACAGACAUUAACCUGCCGGGGGCUGUCGACUGGGUGAUGAUGCAGUCGUGCUUUGGCCAUCACUUCAUGCUGGUGCUGGAGAAACAAGAGAAGUACGAGGGCCACCAGCAGUUCUUCGCCAUCGUGCUGCUCAUUGGCACCCGCAAGCAAGCCGAGAACUUUGCCUACAGACUGGAGUUGAACGGGAACCGGCGGAGACUGACCUGGGAGGCCACGCCCCGGUCCAUCCACGACGGGGUGGCCGCGGCCAUCAUGAACAGCGACUGCCUUGUUUUUGACACAGCCAUAGCGCAUCUGUUUGCAGAUAAUGGCAACCUUGGAAUCAACGUGACCAUUUCUACAUGUUGUCCAUGAGGCACCGAGGUUAUUUGGGCUCAGUGCUCUGUGGUUAAUAAAGGUUUUUAUAGAUGUUUUAUUCACUGUGUCUUCACAAGUCAAGACCCACAGUUACCCCCCAUGUUCUGUUUGAACAGCAGCUUCCCAUCUGGCACUGGCCCAACAAAGUUCACUAAACAGGAACGAAUGGGGUUGGCCUAUUAGUCAUUUGGAGUCGGUUCUGUGAUCUGAAAUCAACUUUCUUAUGAAAUUGUACUUACUUCCUGAACAGCACUUGACAGGUUGCUCAGGGCUCCUGUAGGCCAGUAUGUUAGGAAUUAAAGGCUCCUUCCUGUCUGACUCUCUCUGUUGGUCUCGCCAAGUUGACAAAAGCACAGUGACUGUCGAUAGAUUCCUUAACCUUAACCUUUAUCUUGUUUUUAGGGAGUAGGAAUUGUUUUAGUCUUUCUCAAACUGGAUGGCUGAUGGCUAACCAAUAUGCACAGAGCCCCCCCGUAGUACUCAUCUUAAACAUGCAGAUUUGUGGAGCCUGUGCAUUUAAUAAUCUCGUCAAGUGAUUCUGUUUGACAAUGAAGUUUGAGAAUUACUGAGUUAAAUUGUGGAAAGGGUCCAGAUUUUAAAGGUGCUUUACGACUGCCCUCUACUGAUACCGUUUGUCUUUCUACGGCUUCAUUCCCUCCUCACCCCCGAGCUGCCGCUCCCAAAUUAAAACCAGAACUGCAGAUCCCCAUGAGCACACUCCUGAGAUUUGGUCACUGUCUUGUGUUUGGGGUGGAUUGCCUAGGAAAGCGAAUGGUACGGCCAUUGAUAGUUCUCACCUAAUUAGGUUUUGCUCAUCACUAGUACAGAUGACCUGUUUACACGUGGCUUCCCUCAGAGGCCAUCCUUGACUGUAGCUGGUGGGAAAGACUAGAUCAGUAGAGUUGGAAAAGCUUUAUAACCAGUGUCAUAUGCUUGCUAUUUAAAGGUAUGUGUUGGGUGGUUGUUGUUUUUUUGCCACAUUCACUUUAGUUUUUUAAUAAAUAUUUUCCAAAAAUGAA